UUCACCGGUGUAUUCUAAGAUGUUAAGUCUUUUAAACCGACCCUUCAUUAGAGAUGCUACUUUGAACCUCUGUGCCAAGACAGGCCUUUCUUAGGUUGCGUUUUUAAAGACACAGACUAUUUCUGUGUGAUGGUGUUUUGCGAAAAUACUAGCUCCCCAAACUGAACAGCUUCUCAAGCUUUAAUCAGGUAAGGAGAGCAUUUUCCAUGUACGUAGACUCAUAUUUUAUGCUUGUCAUGGAAAAUGGUUCGCACCAAAACGCUGUCAUUUGGCAGCUGCGGCUGUGCAAAGAUUCCCCUACAACUUGUCGAGCACCAAGCAUGGGAACCUAUUCGAUUUCUUCUAUUUUUGCCCACUUUCCCAGUGCUGAUCAACCAGACUCGGUGGUGCUGAAAAGAAAGAACACUGAAAAUCCGCCAAGGCCCCGACAGGUGGAACACGGGCUCACAGCGAAGCCCCUGUUGAGGCAGGGAGGGCUGGCGUGGCAGACAGCCCGGUCCGGAUGGGCGGGUGGGUGACACUGCCCGUGGACGAGCGUUUCCUCUCUGCCGUCCUCGCAUGAAGCAUUAAGGAGCGCUUUUGUUCGACCAGCACCUCGCGCUGCAGCGUCCCGCCCGCAUAACUGAAGGCGCAGCAGUUCGACGACCGGCUUCGCCCCUCAGCCCAGAGGGAACCGUUUUUUAAGCGAAGCCUCCGUGCGCCCCGCCCCUGGCUCCGCUCUCCGGCUCCGGCCCAUGGAGGCAGGGCCCGCCCCGGGGCGGGGAGCACGGGGGGAGAGCAGCAGCCGCCCGUCCCGUCCCGUCCCGUCCCGCCGCGGCGGCGGAGGGUCGAGCAGCGCGGUGCCGAUGGUGCUCAUGACAGAGCAGCGGUGCGAUGCGGAGGAGUGGAAAGCUGGGCGGCCGGCCGGCCGGCGGGAGCACAGGAGCGCCCUGCAUCUUUCUGAUGGAGAAAAUGGAACGAGUGAAAGAAGAAAGCCAGGAAAAUCACCUGCUGUUUUGCUGCAGGCUCCUACCAGUGAAGUGGAACGUUUUGAUGAUGGGAAGAAAGUUGAUGUUGCUAGGACAAAGAGCAGUACAGAAAGUCCUCUCCUGACAAUGGAUAGCAAGAAUGAUUCCAAAAUUGAAAGGAAAAAACAUAUCUCAAAUCAGCUGAAGGCAAAUGCACACUUUCAUAAGCUGUUUCUGGAUGUUUCCAUUGAUGAGCCACUAAAACAAAGUUUUACCUGUGCUCUCCAGAAGGAAAUUCUUUACCAAGGAAAGUUAUUCCUUUCUGAAAAUUGGAUUUGCUUCCAUUCCAAGGUUUUUGGUAAAGACACUAAGAUCAGCAUACCUGUGCUCUCAGUGACACUUCUGAAGAAAACCAAAACUGCCCUUCUUGUGCCAAAUGCUCUGAUCAUAGCAACAGUCACAGACAGAUAUAUGUUCGUCUCCUUACUCUCCAGAGAUACAACCUACAAACUAUUAAAAUCUAUAUGUAGACAUCUUGAGGAUACAAGUAUGGGCAGCAGUCCUAAUCCAUCUUCUGUUGAAAAUAGCUUCAGGGCUGAUCGUCCUACAACUCUGUCCCUGGAUUUCAAUGAAGACUAUUCUGAUCUGGAUGGAAUAGUACAGGAGCAGAGACAAGAAAUGGAGGAGUCCAGCAGCACAGGCUCACAGACCCCAGAGCUAGAACGCUUCCAAGAUUAUCACGUUGUCGAGACACAGACUCACUUGAAAGUUUCAAAGACUGAAACAAAGUCUGUCCGUUCAGAUGCACGCAGUAAAUGGGUACCUGAAGGAAAAGCCAGAAACUGUCUUCGAAAUGGUAGGGAAUUAAGGGCAGAUUCUCAGCUGAAGUUAGUUGAGACAAAUUCAUAUGGUUAUGUCAGUUCACCUAAUAUGGAAGAUUUCUUUCUUGUUUAUCUCUGUUUAUAUUAUCUGUUGCAUGCUUCAAAACACCAUUGUGUCUCUUGGUGUUUCUUGAUCAAAAUAACACUUGUUCUUUCCCUAGCAGGUCAUUCUGAACCUUUCAGAUUCUUCCACAAAGUUAAGUUCCAGAAGCUCUUAUCUCUGAACCAUAUACUUAUAUUUUAUGCAGUUCUUGUCUGUGUUUUAAUAUUUUCUACCUUCUACAUGAGAUAUAAAAUCAAUGUCCUGGAAGAACGUCUUAUCUCCAUUGCAUCUUUUGAUUCACAUGUUAAGGAGCAUCCUGUGCACCGAGGUUUGGAAUCUCACCCGCAAAUUAACGCCGAUGCCUUCUGUGAUGAGUUAACUGCUAAUCUUAUAAAAUUGGAAAAGAAUAACUUACAAAAACUGCUUGAAGAUGGUGAAUGAAAUGUUUAUGUUCUUGGACUGCUUCAGACUUCGUUCAUCUCGCUUGACAAACAGUUCCAAAGGAGCUCUGCUGGACAGAGUUCAAGCUUCUUUAUUUUCAGUCCAAGCCAAGGGUAAACUGCUGUAAAGCUCAUUUCACAGUACAGAAAAUCAUUUUAUUAUUCAACAACUAUGUUUGUCUGCAUGUUUUGAAAAUAAGGGUUUUUUUUUUCCUUCUUUAUUGUGUGUGAAGUAAUUAACGGAUUUUACGGUUUGUUUGAUUUUUAGCUUUCCUUACACCGGUGCAAACCUGAUGCAACUCCUUUUACCUCAGCAUUUCUUUUCUGCCUCUUUUCAUGUAUUUGCAAACUGUAAGAAUUUCAGUCACAAUUCAUAUGCUGACGUGUUGUGUGAAUGAGCUGGCUCGUGUCUCACCACUGUGGCUAUGAAUCUGGGCUGCGCUUUUUUUCUUUCUGCCCUAUCAUCCCAAAGAUUAAAACCAAACACAUCUGGAUUGGACUCUGUGGAGUGCUGAAUGUUUGAUGUGUGCUCGAGCUCUCAGGUGCUGUAAAAAGGCUCGAUUCCGUGCUCUGUGGCACUGGAUCACUGCUGAGGAUAAAGUCCAUUUCUACUGGGGAUUCGUUUUACAUCAUAGUCAAGAUUGCAAUAUGUGUGAACUUGCCAACUCACCAUCAAGUUGCUUAUGAAUAGCAUUGUGGGUAUGACAAGUCUGUCUGGAAAAUGUACUGUUUUUUUCUGUCUGCUCAUCAAGUCUCUGUCCUUUAAGUUAAUUAUAAGUGUGAAGAUCUCAGCUAGCUUUCCUUAGAGCUGCAUGGAGUCUCGUUUGGCUAAACAAGUACAUUUCCUGUUCCAGUUUCUGUAAGUCUAGUCUUGAUAUGGACCAGGUGUUUCCACAUAAUUGGAACUGAAAAAUUACUGAAUUUAUUUUUAUUGCUACAUUAUUAAACUGAUAGAAACAGUGGACAUCUGCUUUGUUAUAUCACAAUAUUUUUUCACGUUACUUGGUGGGAUAACUGCUUUUUUUUUUUUUUUUUAGCUUUCUGAUUGAUGGAGCAGACAGGUUCAUAUGAAAAAGCAAUAUUUAGGAUAACGACAACUUGUAUAUGUUAUAUAACUUUAUAUAUGCUCUGCAUUUUAUAACCAUUUCUGUGAAAUGUAUCUUACUUUGUUUAAAUAAACUUUUUCAAAGCAAAUCAGUA